UCGCUAGAUGCACGUUUUUAUCACAAUCGAAUAUCAACAAAAACAAUUUUGCAAAUAACAAUUGAAGAAUAAUUAAAUGCGAUUGAAAGAUUAAAUUUAGCUUUUAGUAAUUAUUAAUAUUUUUUACAAUUUUAAUAUAUCAGAAAUACAAAUGCACAAUAGUGUAUAAUAAAUAGAUCCGAGCACAUUAUUGUGUUAAAGCAUUGUCUAUAAAUGUGGAGGAUAUAUUUGUUAAUAAUGGUGCAUACAACUAACGAGUCCAAUGAAAACCUGCUUUCAAGCCCGGAAGACAAAGAAUUUAAGAGAUUGCCAGUACAAUAUGAAGACUUGACCGGUGAUUUUGAUGAUAAAUUGAACGACUUCAAACAAUUCUGUAACAUAUAUUCAGUGAGACUGGCAGAGUUGAGAGAGACGUUGAUACCACGAGUUGUUGCAAAAUGGGGAAACGUUCAGAUACUAAAGUUAGCAGAGUUGGAAGAUUUUGAAGGGCAGGAAUGCGUGAUAAUUGGUACCCUCUAUAAACAUCAAAAGUGGAAGCCAUCGAUAUUACAUGAAUUAAGCGAGGAUCAUCAACUCACCUUGCCUGAGCCAAAAUCGAAUUACUGCUCAGAAAAGGAUCAACUCUUUUUGGAAGACGAGAUGCUGCGUAUCAAAUUAGUAGUCGAGGAUAAACAGCUGAAGAAUUACGUUACGGGGGUUGUAUGUGCCAUUUUAGGCUACAAAGACAAGAAUGGCAGUUUUGAGAUCAAGGAAUGGUGUUUCCCUGGUUGCGUGCCUAGAAGUUCACCAGCGCAGCCAAAGUCCAAAGGAAAGCUGGUAUUCUUAUCUGGACUCGACUUGGCAAAUACCUCGACGAACUUAUCGUUAAGCCUUUUAACCGAAUGGAUAUGUGGAAUGGCGGGGGACACGGCGGUACAAGAAGAUGCCACUGGCAUUACUCGAGUUAUUAUUGCUGGUAAUUCGGUCAAGACUGUCACGAAGACGAACACUCUGAUGGGGCACGCCGAAGGGAAGGCACAGGACGCCGCUAUAAUCAAGGAAAUCGUCACGGCAACAACAUUCGUAGAUUCAUUUCUCUCCGAGAUAGCAAAAUGUUGCUGCAUUACCGUAAUGUCGGGUCAGCACGAUACCACCAAUGCAAUGUUGCCACAGAAACCGCUGCAUCCAUGCAUAUUGCCACUAACGUCCAGAUUUGAAAGUUUUAAAGGAGCGACCAAUCCGUGGAUAGGCAAAGUCGCCGAACGUGUAAUAAUGGGCAGCAGCGGACAGCCUAUUGAAGAUAUUAUGAAAGCAGCCGGCGAGACAGACAUCUCUCCUUUAGGCUGGUUGGAAAGAACGCUGGUUUGGAAGCACAUGUGUCCGACUGCUCCGGACACAUUACCGAUAUAUCCCUACUCUGUGAAAGAUCCAUUUAUCAUAAACCACUGUCCGGAUAUAUACUUUGUGGGUAACACGGAUAAAGUCGAAACAAAACUGUGGAAAGGUGAAGAAAAUCAGAUGGUCAGACUAAUUUGUAUUCCAAAGUUUUCCUCUACGCAUACUGCAGUCAUGGUAGACAUAGAAACUCUGGAUACUGAAUUCAUUUGUUUUGGAACUGGGAUACAUACACCUGAUGAAUAAAUUCACAAUUUAUCUGGAUAAAAAUA